GUAACCAUCUCUCGCCAUUUUCCGUCAACCUCAAUCAAGUUAGCUUCUGUCAGUCGCUGUGUUUGUGUGUUGUGAUAUGAAAAAUUAUUUGUACCGAUGAAUCUCAAUGGGAAAUCGUGCUAAUUACAACGCCAAAAGAUGGCUCGGUUAUUGUGUUUGUGGUUUUAAUGCGACGUUCUAUCAGUGAUGAUGGUCGAGUGAUUGAUAAAGUGAAGUGUUUUGUGUCGUAUGCUGGGCUGCCGCAGCAACAUUGAGCUCCUUUCUUUGGAUAAAUCGUCCCCAAGACGACGUCGGAUAAAAGGACUGGAAGGUGACGCACCAUGUCGGCGAAAAACAUUCCAGGAGACAAGAUCAACCUGCGAUUAAUCCUCGUGUCUGGCAAAACAAAGGAGUUCGUGUUUAGCCCGGUGGACUCAGCCGGCGACAUAGCAGUUCACGUUUACGACAACUGGCCUGAAGCGGAUUGGGCGACGGAGUGCGUCUCCCGUGCUGAGAUCCUGCGGCUCAUAUACCAGGGCCGCUUCCUGCACAGCUCGGUGACCCUCGGCGCGCUCGGCCUGCCGCUCGGACGUACGACCGUCAUGCACCUCGUGCCGCGCGAACAUCUGCCCGAGCCAAACUCACACGAUCAACGACAAAAGAGUAAAGGUGGCUCUAGCAGUUGUUGUUCGGCAUCGUGCUGCAUAUUGUAAUGCGUGGUGCGAGCGAGACGGCGGGAGCGCGGGCGGCGGGUGCGAGCGGGACGGGUGAUUCGCGGCCGGCCGGACUAUGUGUUCACACUCAGUGAUGUAGAGUCAGGAUUCCAUUCGCCCUAAUUAAUCUAGUGUAACGUAACCUCUAUGAUGACUUGUGAUGUUUUUAAAAGACUCGCUUCUAUUCGAUAAGAUUGUAACACUUAGAUCACUAUUAUCAUUUAAUUUAUUAUUUCGUAACGAUUUGCGAGCACAUCUCGUUCCGUCGUUUAUUCGAGCACAUGACGUAAGCUAAAAUUUGUACGCACACCGCGGGGCCUCUUAAAAAUAUCGCAAGCUAUACGGUUAGGAAUUUUUCGUCGUCACAGUGAAAAUUAAUUCAGGUAUAGCUUUACAAAGCCGAUGUAUCUCACCGCGUUAUUUAUAGCUCAUUAUAGAAUUACCGUGCUGCCGAAAUAUUUUUAAAUUUAGUAGUUACACGGGGUAGGAUAGAGACCUCGGAAAUCGUUGUCCAGCUCGUAGCUGGUCGACGUUCGACAAAUCAUUAGUAUUAUAAUUUAAGCCAUCAACGUGAAUUUAUAUAAUGUUACUUCGGAGAUAUUUAAUGAAAAAUAAAUAAAUAUGAAACGAAAAAUUAUCGUAGCGGAACAGAGGAGUAUGUAAAUUAAUCUCGUUUGCAAUGUACAUAGUAUAUAAUAGCAUGACCUGCGGGGAAUGUAACGGGCUAUAUGUUUACUUCGUGAUAAGUUCGCAAUAUUCGGAUCGGAAUGUUUUAUUAUUAUUAUUAUUAUAAAUAAAAGGAACGCUAUUUACCGCGCUAGAUUUAGCCUUUAGAUUCGCUGGCUGGCAGCAUGUUUAAAAAUAUACCGUAACGACACGGCGACUGUCUGAUGUUAAAAUUUUAGUAUUAAACAAGUGUUUAGAUGUAUUCAGUGGCCGCUAUCGACUUAAUUAUUGUGUGUGCUGAAUUUAGGAAGCGAAUACAUCGGCGCGACUGACUAUACGAGACGUUUUAGAAGCUUCAGUCACACCUGUGCAACGCGGCUGAUUCCAAGUUUCUAAUGUAGCUAUCACGUUUAGGCGUACAUGUGUGGCGGUAGCUUUGUUUCAGCUUCGCUCGAGCGCGCAAGUGUGUUCUAUCCUUUAAAAAUCGUCACUUUUACUGUACAUUGCCUCCUAGCGUUACCAGAACCGAUGACUAUUGUAAAUAAUAUAACAUACAGAGCUUCUUAUAUAUAUAAUUUCUCAUCACAAUUUUUUACCCCGUUCCGUUGAAAAGGCCUUUUUUCAUUGAUGAUAUGAUUUAUCGUCGAUAUUGUAAAAUAUUUAUUAAAAACAGCGGUGCUUUACAAACAUUGUUAGAGGAAAUAUUCGUUAUUUGUCAUUUUCGGACAUCGAUAUCAAAAUUGCAGUGUUUUUGUUUUUGGUAAUUUUUAGCAAGACUUUUCGGUGGAAUGGGGUUUAUUUACCGAUAUUUUACUUUUACCGGCGUUUUAUUUACUUAGCUUUAGAUAUUAUUUUAUAUUGGCUUAAGAUUGAGUUGUCCGAUUAAAUUUGACUCUGUUAAUUUUUAUAAGUGUUUAAAUAUUUUGGGUAAAAGUCGUUGAAAUUAUAGCGUUUAGAUUCAAUGAUCCAUCCUGUCGUUUUAUUAUGAAGAUGCGAUAUAUUUUUGUGAUAUAGUACAAAUAAAAUUAUUUACACAAUACGACAUAUAUUGGGCGAAGUGAAAAUUCUUUUUGAGCAGUAUUAAGUGGAGCUGGUUUGUAGAUGACAGGACCGAGACCGUGUCACGAGGGUGCGUCAUCAGUCCAAAAUAAUUUGUACAGAGUGAGAGAAAGAGAAAUACAGCUCAAUGUAUCAAUUAUCCACUUUUCCAAUUAAUUUACCUCAUACUGGUGAGCCAAAAUGUUCUCAUUUAUGGUUAAUGAGAUUCUCGUACAAAUUACAUUGGAAUGAUACAGUGUCAGGAUAUUUGUUUGUGGACGUUGACUGAAAAAAAAACCAAUCUUGCCAACACCGAUACAACGAGAACGGACCGACCCGCCCAGCGACAAUCUCUUGACACUCACGCGCCGCACAACCGACGCCGAAUGAAUGAAUUAUUUUAUUAUUUUAAUUUGGUUAAUUCUGUUUAUUUUGUGUAUGUAUGUAUUUUGUUAAGUUGUGUAAAAUACCUAGUUAUAAUUAUAAAUAAAUCUACAAGGUCAUACGCAUGUUUUAUUUUUAUUUCGCUUUUCGCCAUCCUUUGUACAUAGAUGUCGCUUCAAUCUGAGUUACUUUAGCUUCCGAUCUGAGAUGUAGACGGAUGUGACGUCAGACGUAGUGAAUCGCGAUGAGGUGAUAUCGUAGGCCGGAUAGUUUGAUGUCUUCAUUGUAUUUUAAUAUCUCUAAUAGAUAAUAGCUACUUUUAAUCGAAUUAUUAUAAGUGUUUAUACCGCACGCUAAGUAAGCAGACGAGGUCGCUGCCGUUUCAACGAUUAUCAAACUAUUUCAACUUUUUUUUUUAUCAAACAUGUUCUUGAGAUUGGAAAUAUUAUUCCAGGAAUAUUCAUUAUGUUUUAAAAAAUAUUAUUGAAAAUAAAAAUUGUAGUUUAAAUUGAAAAUAUAAACAAAUCAAAAAUGUAAAGAAAUAAUUUUACUAUUAAAAAUAAACUGUUAAAUAAAAAAUUGUAAACACUAUAUAUAUUUUUAAAUACGUCAGCAAAAACCAUUUUUUUAAUUCCCUGAAAUGGCAGCGAUGGUGACGGCGACGGCCGGUAACGAAAUGUAAAUAACGAUGUCUUUUUAUUUAGUCAAAUAUAGAAUAACAAAUUAGCUUGAUAUUUUUUAAAACCGUUGUAUGUGAUAACAACAAUCUUUUUUUAAAUAUAUUUGGCAGAAUGUAACGGACUUUUGCACCAUAUAAUUUUUUUAAUAGUUCUAUAGUUAUUAUGACGUAGUAACAUUAAAAUAUUUUAAGGAUAUCGCCACAUACAACGGUUAAUAACUGUAAUAAAUUCCAAAUACUAGGUGUCACUGUGUAACAGGUUUACUUCGUACAUAAUUAUAUACUUGUUAAUAUUAAAAUUAAUGAUUAUAAAGAUGUUAAUUAAUUGAAACUUUGGUUGGUUACAAAAUUAUAUUCGUCUUCGAUAUUUCAGGGUAGAGUAUCGCUUCGAGUCGGAUUUCGUUCGUGUAUGUGUAGAUAGAGACUUUUGUAAUCGGACGACAUAAUAGGUUGUAAAUUGUUUGGAAGAUUGAGUUUCGAUGGGGUCAAAUAAAAUUUUAAGAAUGUA